AUGUUUUUCCACAUAGUAUUGGAGCGAAACAUGCAAUUAAACCCACGUUUCUUUGGUCGUAACCUUCGUGAAAACCUGGUCUCUAAGCUCAUGAAAGACGUGGAGGGCACUUGCAGUGGGCGGCAUGGGUUUGUAGUGGCCAUAACUGGAAUAGAAAGCGUAGGCAACGGAUUGGCUUUGCCCAGGACCGGCCCUGUCCGUAAUGGGACUGCUUUCGUCACCUUCCCCCUUAAAUACCAGUGCGUCGUUUUCAGACCUUUCAAAGGCCAGAUCUUGGAAGCUGUUGUCACUCUCGUCAAUAAGAUGGGAUUCUUCGCGGAAGCUGGGCUUUGA